GCCCCGGUUGUUCGAAAGCCGAUUAGCGCUAACCCACGAUUAAAUCGCCCUAACCCAAGAAUAAAAUUUAACCCACGAUUAGUUUCUGUUCCUGAAAGCGCGAUUAGCACUAUCCCAGGGUUAAAAUAAAGGUUAACUUUAACACACCUAUCGAGGUGGAUUAACUCACUAAUCGAGGGAAAACUUUCCCCAAACAAAACAAAAUGGCCGACUUAUUACUUGGCGGAUUAGGCUUAAUGCCGGCCCCAAGAAGGAAAGAAAGGACAUUUAGGCUACCAGACGACUUUUCCCUGUCCAAUUUUACUGAUGAAGAAUUGAGAAGUCGAUAUCGUUUUGGCCGAGAGUCCAUAGAAUUUUUAUCUGAGCUCCUUCGCGACGAUCUUGAAAGAGAUACAUCUCGAAACCAUGCUUUGUCGACAACUGUGCAAGUCCUUGUAGCAUUGCGCUUUUUCGCCUCCGGAAGCUUUCUUCAAGUUAUUGGAGAUACUCUGGGCCUGUCAAAGUCAUCCGUGUCCCGUAUAAUCGGUCAAGUUUCGCUUGCCCUUGCACAGAAACAAAGAAACUUCAUCAAGUGGCCAUCGACCGAAGAGGAGAUACUUCAAAACAAACGCGGUUUUUUUACCAAGGGGGGAUUUCCUGGGGUGAUUGGCUGUGUUGACGGCACUCACAUCAAGAUUCAGGCACCACAUGAAAACGAAAACGAUUUUGUCAAUCGUAAAGGGUUCCAUUCCAUAAAUGUGCAAGCAAUUUGCAAUCACAAAGGCAUGUUUACCAACAUUGUAGCACGAUGGCCAGGCAGCACCCAUGACAGCUUCAUAUUUAGGGAUUCAAGAAUUGGCCAACAACUUAAUAUCCAACACCAGUCCCUGGAAGAUGGUUUACUGUUGGGUGACAGUGGUUACCCUUGCAAGCCGUACCUGAUGACCCCUUACCUGAAUCCAGUCACUGACAAGCAGCAAGAGUUCAACAGUGCCCACAAAAGAACAAGAGUGGCAAUAGAACAAGCCUUUGGCUGGUGGAAGCGAAGGUUCCAUCUGCUUCAUUCUGAGAUCAGAAUGAAGCCAGAAAAAGUGUCCAUCAUUAUCGGAGCAUGUGCAGUUUUACAUAACAUUGCAAUUCUGAGAAAGGAACCUUUGGAUGGCUAUGCUGAGGCUGAUGAUCAACCUAAUCUUGUUUGCUUCCGGGGUCCAGAGGAUGGCAAGGUCAUCCGAGACCACAUCUGCAACACCUUUUUCUGACAAUUUUUAAUUUUUGUAUUUCUGCCUUAUGCAAUCAGUUUUGCUCUUAAUUUAACUUCCCAUGAAAUAUAAAAAAUUCAUAUAUGCAUUUAAGGGGUUUCUGGUUGAAAAAACACAUUAAAAUAAGUUUGACUCAAGAAUCUGUUUUAUUAUGUCAAAAUACAUUUUGAGAACAAAAUACAUUGUGUAUGUUUUAUAAUAAAUUAUAUGAGAACAACAUUUGCCCAAAAUAUUUCUUUAAGAGGACUUAUUACACUAUUCCUCCUUUAAAAUGAAUCGGUGUUGGGAACUACAAAAUUUGCAUUUAAUGCAGUUGCGAAGGUUUGGUUUGCAUUGACCUGUUGCUCCAGAAGAUGAAUUUGCAUUUUCAAUUUUUGUUUUUUAAGAUUCAACAUUUCCUUCUGAGUACACAGGCAUUCGUACUGCAUUUUUAAAACAUCGCCAUUACUUAUCCUUUUUGAAGGCUUCCUCUGUUCAUCAGCCUUGGCUGGUGAAGAAUGCAUGUCUUCAUUAAGGCUCAGACAGUCUUCUUCAAACACAGUCUUCGCAGACUCUGCUGGUAAAUGAGCAUCUUCUCCUACAAAAUAUUUCAAGCACAAUUAAGGUUUCACUCAGGCUCAAAAAGUGUGAAUUUAGUUUUAUGCAUGACA